UAAAAUAAUGAACAGGGUGCACAGAUAAAAUUAAGAAAUAAUAAAAACAAAAAAAAGGAGAGAUUCAUCUUCCAAUAAACCAAAGUUUUUUAUCAUCUUAAGGAGUUUGCAGGCUUGUUUAGUCUUCAUAAAUUUCAGUGAUGGAAAAUAGUUACAAAAUAAAUCACUUUUAAAUACAGAGAAAUAUGUUUUUUCUUUAUACAUUUACAUUUGUGUAUAAAGAAUUUACCCAGAGUCUUCAUUAUGUUAAUAAAAAAAUUCAAUUUUUUUUGUCAUCCAAUAACAUUCCAAAUACAACAUGGGUCUUAGAGAAAGUAGGCAGUGAUUGGAUUUUUGUCUCCAAACAAUAGGACAUAUUUUCCCAGAAAAUAUUUGAAUACAAUAAAAGAAGAGGUGAUCAGUUGUCUCUAUGUCAAUUUGACAAAAAGUACAAGUAUUGUAGUAAAAGUUAAAUCGAAGUCUUAAAAAUUCACUUGAAGGAUAUAUACCAUUAAAUAUUUUAAAGUGAGUUUUCUUCACUUUAGGAGCCACUGGAAAAAAAAAUAUACUGGAUUUGCAAUUUUUUUGCAGUUGGUUUAUCAUAAACUUGUAAUAUAUCAUUACGAUAUAAAAUUGUAGGACAUAAUUUAGAAUUAAAGGAAGAACAAAUAUGUUUGUUGGGAAGUGUUCAAGAGGUCGUUACCAUCAAAGAGAAGGGAUGGGAUUUCACAUAAGCCAUCUAGCGAGUGAAUAAAAGUGUUUUGUACGAAGUGAAUGAAAUUUUUUGGAAUGGCAUUUAUAAUAAGUUCAAAUUGCUUGCGUUCACAAUAUAAUUUAGUGCAAAAAUCUUUAAAAGUUAACAGAUUCCCAUCCUCAUCCAUUAAGUGACCUACAGACCAGAUACCCUUUUCGAGCCAAUCAAUAAUACAUAUAGACUUAUAUCUGGAUAAAACAAAUCUGUUAUUCCAAAUGGGGGUCCUAUGUGGGGUAAAGUUGUGAUUAUAUAAUAACUUCCAAUAUAGCAAAAUUUGUUCGUGAAAAGAAGAUAAUUUGACUGAAUUUUUGAAAUAACAAAGUCACAUUUUAAUUAGAAAUCAAUUCCACCCAAUCUCCUAAAUAUAACUUUGGGAAUGGUAAACCAAAAACUAUUUUCAUUAGUUAUAAAAAUGUUUAACCAUUUAAUCUUCAACAAUCCAUUUAUACAAUGAAAAUCAAAGGCUUGUAAUCCACCAUUCUCGUAAUCUUGAGUAAAUUGUGCUCUCUUAAAUGUAAUGUACACGCUUUCACCAUAUAAAAUUAAAUUGAUUAAUAGUCUUAAUAUUGGAAAUAGAGAGCCAAGAUGAGGGUAAAUACACUUGGCAAGACUCUCCAUUUUAGUUAAAUAAAUCCUUCCAAAUAUAGAUAAAUCCCUUUGCAUCCAUACAUCUAUUCCAGAUGAUUUGUUUCUCCUUAACAACUUCAACUUUGGAAAUGUGUAUACCUAAAUAUUUAACAUUCGACUUGAUUGAGAUAUUAUUUAUUGGUUCAAUGGAGCAGUCGUGUACUGUGGUAAUCUCACAUAUAUCAAUAUUAAGUUUUAAACCUGAACAUUUGGGAAAAUAAUUAAUUUAAAUUGCUUUGGGAAUCUGAUCAAUAGCUUUUAAAAAUAGUUGUGUCGUCCGUCAAUUGACUAAUCACAAUUUGAUGUCCAAACACAUUUUUUACAAGGAAAGCCUUCCAACUAACUUCCUGCCAUAUGUGAACAAUUCCAGCUCGAUUUCAACAGAGUUCAUAACAAACAGGAAACGCGUGUGGCGUGAAUUGACAGACGUACUACUCGACCACUCCCACACCGAGGGGUCGAAUCCCACAGCCAAUCGCAUCGAACAAGAAAGGCGGGUCUUCCGCUUACGUGAAGCAAAUUUCACUGGCAAUCUUCGAAGCCCCACCUUUUGUGUUUCGCGCACCGUCAAUCAAAUAUAAGAAAAAAAAAUUGACCCGAAUCUCCGAUCACAGCCCGUCUUUGAUAAAAACAAUCAUGUUUGGAGUUUAAAUGAACAUAUAACCCUCCAAUUUUUUUUUCAUUUUCGCGCUAUGACUGGUACGUAAUACUUAGCCCGAUCGAAGCACAGCACCGCCGCCCCAGAACAGCCAGCGAAUCAGCAGGAAAUGGCUGCCUUGGACGUGGACAGCAGUCAGAGCGAGUUUCUGCAGCCGGCCAGCGGCGCCCAGGACCAGCAGACCACAGACCUCAUGGCCAUCCAGUUGACGGGCUCAUCUGAUCGCUGGGAGGUUGUAACACCUGUGAGCUCCGUAAAAGACGAGUCGAUGGUAGUGCAGGUAUCCAGCGGAGGAUUCCUGGGCACCAAUGGGCAAUAUGUGGUGCCACUACAGACUAUGGCAGGGCACACCCAGCCUGUUUUUGUGACAGCAGGGGUAGAUGGAACCAGUGCCAAUGGGGUGCAGUACCAAGUUAUCCCCCAGUUGCAGGGCACAGAUGGGGCAUCAUUAAGCUAUGCAGCAUCCACUGCAGAUGGAGCCACGAUGGGCACUAACAUUGCUAUCCUUCCAGAUGGUACACAAAGCAUUGCCACAACCACCAGUGCUAAUGACCUCCAGGGCCUACUGAGUCAAACUGGGCAUAUGCAACAUAUUCCCACAGUCUCAUGGGCUGGCUCAGGGUUCGGCACGCAGGGCCAGGUUGUCACUAAUUUACCGAUGGGGCUGCCAGGCAACAUCACGUUAGUGCCAAUAAAUAGCUUGAGUAACAUGGAUCUUGAGUCUCUGGGAUUGGCUUGUGCUCAGACCAUAGCAACAAGCAUUACCGCAGAUGGCCAGCUCAUUAUGGCCAGCCCCACAUCCACAACAAGUGAGAACCAGUGUGAAAGUGGUGGCAAAUGCACAGAGCCACUUAACGCCAACGAUUCUAAUACUAAUGCCUUUGUGCCAACCACCACCUGUUCCACAACUAUGUCACUCCCCGAGACGAUAGAUGGGACUGGAGUUCUCACCCAAGCUACUGCCGUGUCUGCCGGGCAGCAGGACCCAUCUUUCAUGCAGCAGAACCACACCACCGGCACUGAACAGGUAGUGCAGCUCUUACCAACACAGAUGGCAGAUGGAACGGCGCAGACACUACAAAACAUGCAGCUGUUGAAUGCUGGUACGUUUCUGAUACAAGCCCAAACCGUCUCUCCCACCGGACAGAUCCAGUGGCAGACCUUCCAGGUUCAGGGUGUUCAGAACCUGCAGAAUCUGCAGCUGGCGGCUACUGGUGGGGUCUCGUCCCCACAGCUCACCCUCGCCCCAGUUCAGACCCUUUCUUUCGGGCAGACUUGCACAACAGGAGCAGGGGGUCAGAUCCCAAACCUUCAGACAGUCACAGUCAACUCUGUCGGUCAGUACCAACAAGAUGAGAACACAGAUGGCCACUCAGAAGAAAGUCGUACACAUCAGGGAUGGCACGGGGAAAUUCAUAUCAAAGAAGAGCCAGAGUCAGAUGAUUGGCCAAAUUCCACCCUGAACACCAAUGAUUUGUCCCAUCUUCGUGUGCAGUUGGUUGAGGAUGAUUUGGAAGGGACUGGGCAAGAGGGAAAGAGGCUACGUAGGGUAGCCUGCACUUGCCCGAACUGCAAAGAGGCUGGAGGAAGAGGUUCAGGUACGGGGAAGAAGAAACAACACAUUUGUCAUAUCCCUGGGUGCGGUAAGGUGUAUGGCAAGACUUCUCACCUCCGAGCUCACCUGCGCUGGCACUCAGGAGAGAGACCAUUCAUUUGCUCCUGGAGUUACUGUGGCAAGAGGUUCACUCGUAGCGACGAACUUCAGCGUCACCGCAGAACACACACAGGAGAGAAGAAGUUUGUGUGUCCAGAGUGCUCGAAGCGUUUCAUGCGCAGCGACCAUUUGGCCAAACACAUUAAAACUCACCAGAACAAAAAAGGGCUAAACUCCGUCUCUGGGGCGGGUCAGACAGAAGCUGCCGCCCCAUCGGACACCAUCAUCACAGGCGGUGGAGCCACUCUCAUCCUGACUAGUCUGCAGCAGGCUGGCACUCAGAACCUCAUUUCAAACUCCGACCUCCCGCUCCAGCUGGUCACUGUGUCUGCCAGUGAGGUCAUGGAGUGAUCAAAAUGCCGCCCACUUUCACAGUUUAUCUGCUUUUCACUAUCAAUUUUUAUAUAUAUAUAUGAUAAAAGAAAAAAAAAAUAUAUAUUAUAAAUAUAUAUAUUUUAAAAAUGACUUCUCCAUUUAUGUUCUGUAGCAGUCUUUUGUACAAACAAGGCAAAAAAUGACAUUAAAUAUGGUUCCAGUUUCCGUGCACAUUCACACACUCACAUACACGCAAGCACCUACAUACUCAAAUGAACUCGCUCUUAUACACUCACAUAUAUACACAGAAAUGCCUUAUUUUGUAUCAUAAUCUGUAGGAUAAAAUGCUGGAGUUGUAUGUGUUUUUACUUUUGCUCAUACAUUUGUUCAGGGGAUGAUCAUUUGAGAGUAUGAUUGCGUAAUGGACAUUAUGGUACUCAGAAAGCAGGAUACGUAUGUGUGCGUGUGAGUGAUCAUAGUGAGAAUGAUAUAAGGACAGUCUGCUGCGAGGGAGAGUUACUCAUGAGCUGUCCAUUUUAUCCUUCCUCUUGGCUGGCCUUCGUCCAAAUGUGUCUUCACUCUUUGCUUUUAUUUUUUUAUUAUGCGACGUCAGGUUAGUGGUCUUUGCGCUCUUGGUCUCAUGUCCUCUGGAUCAUGUUCGAGGAUCUUUUGAUUUUACUGUUCUGCCGCUCACGUGCAACUCGAACAAGACAUCAGACGGCAGAGUCGAACAGCAGUGUAAGAAACUUCCUUUUUCUUGUAUCGUUGUUCUUAUUGCUCUCCAGAUUACCUUUUGUAACAUUCAUAAUGUCUCUUCUAUUGUUUUCUUCAGCCCCAAGCUGUUUAUAGCCACAAUUUAUGUAGUCUAAUACUGAUUCUAUUGUAUCAAAGACUCUUUGUUUUGAUUACUUUUUAAACGUGAAAAAUUUGAUGUUACUUUUGUACAACAUCUUUUUUCUUUCAAAUGGAACACAAUUAAAGUCGGAAACCUUCCUAUGACUCUUCAUAACCAAAAUGUUUAAAGUGCUUCAGUUUGGUGUUGUGUUAGUGCAAAAUAACUGUGUUAAAACAAAGUUUGUGUAUGCAAGGCCUCUAUUUUGUCCAAAGAGUGCAGUUUAUAACUAAAAGUGUGCUGAGAACUGUAUCCCACAAUGCAAUGUGCUUGACUGACUGACCAUUUCAACUGCCUUUCUUUCACAUUAUUUGAUCAAACUAACAAAUACAGAUUUAAUUUCUGAACCACAUAUUCAUGGUGCAUAUUGUUUUACAUACUGUGUUUAUAUAAAAAAAAAUUUUGCUGCAUGCUAGCAUUCUAACCUGAAACUAGUUUCACUUUUUUUCCUGGACUGUAUAGUAAGUGAAUUUCAAAUAAUAAGGGAAA